AUGCAAGAACAGGGACUGGAAUUACAGAAAAAUGCAAACCAGUUAAGGCUCACUGUACUAAUUCAUCUUGAGAACAAACAUCUUUGCGGCGGGGCUCCUCUCUGAAGGGAAAACCGUGCCAGAGAUCGGCUGCAAGAUGAAUUUGGGUAAGUUCUUCGAAAUCAAGUCAACACGAGUAGUACUUCAUCAGCUAGCAAACAGACACAGACUACACACGACGCGACAUUUCAGCGGUAUUCGCAAGCAAGCACAAUUGCGCAAUUUGUAGAGUUCCUCGUUUUCAUCGUGCGCCGCAUCCCGGCUCCCGAC